CGUCACCGCUAGUGCAGGAGAGUCAGACUGCAGAAACCUAGAUUCGAUCGCAUUCUUACAUACAGUUAACGCCAGUUUGUCACCUCAAAAUGUUUAUAGCAACAUUAACAGACCAGUAACUUUAUCCAGUCGUGGUUAGAACACUCACUGGCAGGCUAAUGCUAUUAAGUUAUCGCUGUUUUGUUUAGCUAGUUAGAACAGGUUGAAGGCGUUAGCUAGUGAGUUAGCAACGUCACCUGCACUCUCAUUUGAACAUUAAGUUAAAAAACAACAUAUUGUUACUUCUUAAUAAAACACAUUCAGCGAGGAGUGAAGUUUAUUUGCCUCGGACACUUUGUGCUCCGUUUAAUUCCCAGUGGCUUGAGGGGACGUGAAAGACAUAAUGAACCUGACGGAAGUGGAAGAGCACAUCACCUUGAAGUAUGAAAUCAAGAGGAGACUCGGCAAAGGGGCAUAUGGGAUUGUGUGGAAGGCAGUGGAUAAAAAGACAGGGGAGACAGUGGCUGUGAAAAAAAUAUUUGAUGCCUUCAGAAACAAAACUGAUGCUCAGAGAACAUUCAGAGAAAUCAUGUUUCUUCAGGAGUUUGGGGAUCAUCAAAAUAUCAUCAAGCUGCUCAAUGUCAUCCGAGCCCAGAAUGAUAAGGAUAUUUAUUUAGUAUUUGAGUACAUGGAUACCGACCUGCAUGCAGUUAUUAAAAAGAGCAAUCUUUUAAAGGACAUUCAUAAACGGUAUAUUAUGUACCAGCUCCUUAAAGCCACCAAAUACUUACAUUCAGGAAAUGUUAUCCACAGGGACCAGAAGCCAUCCAAUAUACUCCUAGAUGCAGAUUGCUUUGUUAAACUAUGUGACUUUGGCUUGGCACGCUCACUCUACCAGAUCCAAGAGGAUGCUGGGAACCCUGCCCUGACAGAAUAUGUAGCAACACGGUGGUACCGUGCACCUGAAAUUCUUCUUGGCUCCACUAGAUACACGAAAGGGGUGGACAUGUGGAGUGUGGGCUGCAUUCUUGGGGAGAUGUUGCUUGGCAAGCCAUUAUUUCCUGGGACCUCCACCAUCAAUCAGAUUGAAAAAGUCAUGAGUGCAAUUUCACAUCCUUUGCCAGAGGACAUUCUGGCCAUCAGAUCUGAAUAUGGAGCAUCCGUAAUUCAGAGAAUGCUGCUUAGACCACAGGUGCCGUUAGGCGAUUUACUGCAGCCGUCAGUGCCUCCUGAUGCUCUUGAUCUGCUACAGCGGCUUUUGGUAUUCAACCCAGAUAAGAGGCUGACUGCAGAGGAGGCCCUGCAGCAUCCUUAUGUUGCCAAGUUUCACAACCCAGCCAGAGAACCCAGUCUGGCUUAUGAUGUUACUCUCCCUGUGGAUGAUGAUGUCCAGCUCUCAGUUGCUCAGUACAGAAACAAAAUUUAUGAGAUGAUUUUGAAAAAACGAGCCACCCGCCAAAUGGCAAGACAAGUUCAACUGAUGCCCAAAGCUGUAAUGGAUAGUGCGAACAAUGAACUGGACAAGAAUGAUGCAGAAGACAGUGAAUGUAACAGGGAGGAGAAAGAGGAAAAUAAUUCCACGAAAGAUCAACCUGGCCCACGACCAACCACUGGCAGGCCUGUCUCUACAACAGACAAAACUCAGCAAGCCAUUGGGAGAAGCAGUCAGUCCACAAACCCUAACAUGGCCAAUACAUCUUACAACCCCAUCACACAUGUGUCCAAUAGUGUGGUCAAACCAGCCUGCAAUCCCAUUGCAUCCCCUCCACAUCAGAAUUAUCGAUUUGGCAGAAAGAUGGUGCAGCAACCUCAGAACCUUGAAAGCAGUAGCAUCUUGCCUGUAGAAAGCUCUAACAAGGUUGUAGAGCAGAGUCCCCAGCGGGGCCACUCAGCCCCUGUGGCAGGCACCCGCUCCUUUUCCCUUACUCUUCUACAGCCUCAGAAUAACCCUCUGCUUCGCAAAGAGGAACCCCUCUUGUCUCCUAGUCUGUGUGUUACCUCAGCACAUCUAAACCAGCGCUCACCCUCUCAGACUCGGGAUGCCAAACCACCUCCCAAGUUUAGCAAGAAGGUCUUCCAGAGCAACUCAAAUGUUUCUGCCACUGGAGACCCUCGUGCCAAGCUAGGCAGCUACUCUCAGGCGUAUGGGACCAUCAACAGAACAGAGCUAGCUAAUCUGUUUAGGGAUCGCCAGCAUUUAUAAAGCCUGUAGACUAAAUAGGUAAAUAAAUGCAAACAGUGGGAGACAUAUGCAUCUGCAAAAUGCACCUUUAACCAAAGUGAUUGCGGCAUGUAAAAUGAUGGAAAAGGAAUUGUAUUUUAGUACUAACAUUAAAAGUCACUAUGAGCUUGUUUAAGCUCUGUUAGGAUUAAUGCUGUAAUAAAAAUUAAAAUCCAUUGUACAGAAAAAAGUGAUAAAUCCUUGGUUAAUGCUUGGAUAAUGCAAUAAAUGGAUUUUGUAGAAACAA